AGAUAAAUAAUUUAACUUAAAAAUAAAUUGAAAAAAAUAUUGCAGUAAUAAAUUUUUAUUAUAAUUUUUAAAUCAAAAUUAUUGUUAAGUAAUGGCAAGCGAAAAAGUCAAAAUAAACGCAAGAAAGUAAAUAAAAAAGUGAUUUUGGCGGUAAAUAUUCGUCAUAUUUGUCCGGCUAGAUGCGAAUGACCAGUAAUGGACGACAAUUACUAUAACUGACGGUCAUUUUUUCACGUAAAAUUUUUUAACUGCCAUAAUACGGUAAUUUUACUCAGUUUUUACCGGAAUCUCUGAUGCCGGUAAUUUCACAUCUUUACUUGGGAAUACAAUAUAGAUAUAUCUAUAUUCAUGAACGUUGUAUAGAUACGGAAUCAACGAAAGCAUUGCGCUUAUUGAAAAGUCAGAGCUGUUUAAUUUAGUGUUUUACAAAUUAAAAAAUUGUAUUCUAUUUAAAUAGGCAAUACUUGCUAUAACAGGAGUCAUUACAAAUAAUUCUCCUAAUAAUAAUAUAAAUAAUAAUUGAGAUAUGAAUUGUAUUUGGUAAAGUACAAAGGACAUAUGAUUUCUAACUAUUGAAUCUUUUCAAAGUGAUGUGUCUGUUUUAUAAGUCUUUAAGCAUAGUGCUACUGAUAAGUUGGAGUAUUCACAUAAACUAAUAUUCAAAUGCCAUUUUUGAUUACACCAAGAAAAGCUGGAUAAAAUGGCUGAUAUAAGUGACUUAGACCGACAAAUUGAACAAUUGAAAAAAUGUGAAAUCAUCAAAGAAGCAGAAGUCAAAGCAUUAUGUGCUAAAGCACGAGAAAUUCUUAUAGAAGAAAGUAAUGUUCAAAGAAUUGACUCACCUGUAACAGUGUGCGGUGAUAUUCACGGUCAAUUUUAUGAUCUAAAAGAACUUUUUAAAGUUGGUGGAGAUGUACCUGAGACAAAUUAUCUUUUUAUGGGCGAUUUUGUUGACCGAGGAUUUUAUAGUGUCGAAACAUUUCUGCUACUUUUAGCAUUAAAGGUACGUUAUCCAGACCGUAUUACAUUAAUUCGAGGUAAUCACGAAUCUAGGCAAAUUACCCAAGUUUAUGGGUUCUAUGAUGAAUGUCUUCGUAAAUAUGGAAGUAUAACAGUAUGGCGUUAUUGUACCGAAAUUUUCGAUUAUCUUUCUCUAUCUGCUAUAAUUGAUGGAAAAAUAUUUUGUGUUCAUGGAGGUCUUUCUCCUAGCAUUCAAACGUUGGAUCAAAUUCGCACCAUAGACCGAAAACAAGAAGUUCCUCAUGAUGGACCAAUGUGUGAUUUAUUAUGGUCAGAUCCUGAAGAUACUCAAGGUUGGGGUGUAUCACCACGAGGAGCUGGUUAUCUUUUCGGAAGUGAUGUUGUAGCUCAAUUUAAUUCUGCAAAUGACAUUGAUAUGAUUUGUCGAGCACAUCAGUUGGUCAUGGAAGGAUAUAAAUGGCAUUUUAAUGAAACAGUACUCACUGUAUGGUCUGCACCUAAUUACUGUUAUCGAUGUGGUAAUGUUGCUGCUAUUUUAGAGCUAAACGAACGUCUUCAACGAGAUUUCAUUAUAUUUGAAGCAGCGCCUCAAGAAAGUCGAGGCAUACCAAGCAAAAAACCACAAGCUGAUUACUUUCUAUGAAUAAUAACAUCAUAAAAAAAUUUCUGAGAAAUUCUUGAAUUAUUAGUAUAUAAUAACAAAUUUGUUACAGUCA